GGGAGCUUCCAUCUUCUCUCUGCUUCUUCAUCCUCUUUUUAAACCAAUUUAGACGUAGAUUUAGAUCAGAUUCCGAACCUAAUCCAUGAUUAGCUAACUGGAUUGGGAAAAGGAAGACUCUAUAAGAGUUUUGAUGCUUCUAGGUGGAUAUGCAGGGAAAUUUGUUAUUCUUUUUUUUCUUUUGUUUCAUUUUUGCUCUCUCACAGCAGGCGUUUUGCUUAUGUCUUUCUCACGCGACUGCAUUUGAGAUCUGAAGCUAAAAGCAACAGUUCAGCUUUUAUUUCUAAACGACUAUUAGCCUAUACCUACAGUACACGCGAAUGUGUAUUGCUGGAGAAUGGAAGCGCAUGACGGUACCACUAUAUUCUGACACUUUUCCCGAUACGCAGUUGAACUAAAUAGAGUUGCCUACCGAUUAAUUGGAUUUUAACAUUAGGUUACAUCCACAUACUCAUCACAAAAUAAUCGCAACUGAUAUUCAGACCAUAUACAUUUUUUUGUAAUGGUAAAAUAACACUCGCUGCUAUUGUCAGUGAAAUUUAAAAAGGAUUUCCAUAGUGAAUCCAAUUUACCUGUCUGAAACUGAGCAACUUCAGCGUUUUCUGUAGGAUGUCGCGCCGCAAGCAAGCUAAACCAAGAUCAUUGAAAGUAGAAGACAAUGUGAUAGAGGAGCAGCACAGUCCUGGGCAGACUGCCAUUCCGAGCGAUCCAGAGUGCGCCCUCGAGAGCGGACUGGAGGAUGGUGAGGCUGAGGCCGGGUCCAGGCGUUUGAGGAAGAGGCUUCUCUCUCCAGAGGAAGGCGAGGAGGAGGAGGACGAGGAGGCCGCGCUGCACAGCUGCGACAGCUGCCAGCAGGUGUUCGAGUCGCUGAGUGAUCUCACCGAACAUAAGAUUAAUCAAUGCCAGCUGACAGACGGUGUUGAUCUCGAUGAUGACCCAUCCUGUUCUUGGCCUGCAUCAUCUCCAUCCAGUAAAGACCAGACUUCCCCUGGCCACUGCGAAGACUAUGAUUUUGGCGAGGAUGAAGGGGGCCCCGGCCUACCGUACCCGUGCCAGUUCUGUGACAAGUCCUUUAGCCGUCUGAGCUUCCUCAAGCGCCACGAGCAGAGCCACGGUGACAAGCUCCCCUUCAGUUGCACCUUCUGCAGCCGCCUGUUCAAGCACAAGCGCAGCCGCGACCGGCAUGUCAAGCUGCACACCGGCGACAAGAAAUAUCAUUGUGGCGAAUGCGACUCGGCCUUCUCACGCAGCGACCACCUCAAGAUCCAUAUGAAGACCCACGCCUCCAACAAGCCCCACAAGUGCCCUGUGUGCCGCCGGGGCUUCCUCUCCUCCAGCUCCCUCCACGGACACAUGCAGGUACACGAGCGGGGCAAAGACAGCAGCAGGGGGUCAGGCAGUGGAUUCUCCAAGGAGGAAUGGAAGCUGAAGGAGACAAGGAAGUGCAGCCGCUGUGAGGAGGGCUUUGACGUCCCUGAGGAGUUGCAGAGGCACAUCGCUGAGUGCCACCCUGAGUGCUCUCCAUCAGAGGACGGGGGCCUGUGUGGUGCCCUGCAGUGCAUCUACUGCCACGAGCCCUUCAGCGAUGAGGGCAUCCUGCUGACCCACAUUGACCAGGCCCACAGCCAUGACCGCAAAGGUCACUGCUGCGCCGUCUGCUCCGAGCACUUCCUCUCCGUGGAGGACCUCUAUGCCCACAUGGACAUCCACCAACUCCCUGAGUCCAGUAACCACAGCAACAGCCCUUCCCUGCUCACUGUGGGCUACACCUCCGUCUCCAGCACCACCCCUGACUCCAACCUCUCCGUCGACAGCUCCACCAUGGUGGAGGCCGCCCCACCUGUGCCCAAGACCCGGGGGAGGAGGAAGAGGGCUGCCCAGCACACCUCACAUGACGUCGGGGGACGCUCCUCCAAGCAGCCUAAGAUCUCCUACAGCUGCAUCUACUGCAACAAGCAGGUGUUCAAUAGCCUGGCCGUACUUCAGAUACACCUGCGGACCAUGCACCUUGACAAACCUGAGCAGGCACACACCUGUCAGUUCUGCCUGGAGUUGCUGCCCUCCCUGUUCAACCUGAGUGAGCACCUAAAGCAGGUGCACAACGCCGAGGACCAUGCCGCCCUGGUGGCCAGCAUGCCCGACGCCUUGCUCCAGUGUAACUUCUGCACUGAGGUGCUGAGCAACCUCAACGCUCUUCAAGAACACAUCCGCUGCUCCCACAGCUUCCCCAGCCCCGUGGCCAAGGAGAGCAAUGCCUUCUUCUGUCCCCAGUGCUUUAUGGGGUUCCUGACCGAAGCCACGCUGGAGGAGCAUGUCCGUCAGACCCACUGCGAGGCGGGCAGCCUGCGUUUUGACUCCCCCCUGGCAGUGACCCCCAAGGAGCCCGUCAUGGAGGUGUACUCCUGCUCCUACUGCACCAACUCGCCAAUAUUCAACAGCGUUCUGAAGCUGAACAAGCACAUCAAAGAAAACCACAAGAACAUUCCGCUGGCACUGAACUACAUCAACAAUGGAAAGAAGUCUCUGCGGACCCUCAGCCCUUCCUCACCCAUAUCGAUUGAUCAAUCUUUCCUUCAUGGUUCCUCCUCUCGUGGCAAUCGUGGCAUUAGCGAGUUCAUCUGCAACCAGUGUGGGGCCAAGUACACCAGCCUGGACCUGUUCCAGACCCACCUGAAAACUCACCUGGACGGGAUACAGCCCCAGCUCACCUGCCCCCAGUGCAGCAAGGACUUCCCCAACCAGGAGUCCCUGCUGAAGCAUGUGACAGUCCACUUCACCAUCACCUCUACCUACUACAUCUGCGAGAGCUGCGACAAGCAGUUCACCUCAGUGGACGACCUGCAGAAACACCUGCUGGAAAUGCACACGUUUGCGUUCUUCCGCUGCACCCUGUGCCAGGAAGUGUUUGACUCCAAGGUGUCCACUCAGCUCCACCUGGCCGUCAAGCACAGCAACGAGAAAAAGGUGUACCGCUGUACCUCAUGUAACUGGGACUUCAGGCACGAGGCCGACCUGCAGCUGCAUGUCAAGCACAGCCACCUGGAGAACCAGGCCCGGGCCCACCGCUGCAUCUUCUGCGGGGAGUCCUUCGGCACGGAGGUGGAGCUGCAGUGCCACAUCACCACCCACAGCAAGAAGUAUAACUGCCGCUUCUGCAGCAAAGCCUUCCAAGCCAUCGUACUUCUGGAGAAGCACCUGAGGGAGAAGCACUGUGUGUUUGAGGGAAAGGCCCAGAACUGUGGCGCCAAUGGAUCAACCACCGGAGGAGUGGACCACCACCCAGCGACCAAGGACGACGCAGAGCUACAGGGUCUGUUGACCAACAGCCAUGGUGUAGGGGUGGCAGGAUCAGGGGGCGUGUUGGAGUCCCCAAACAACCAUGAUGGGAGUGAGGAGGAGGUGGAUACCGCUGACCCCUUGUUCGGGUGCGACAUCUGCGGGGCAUCGUACACAAUGGACUCCCUCCUCACCAACCACCAACUCCGAGACCACAACAUCCGCCCGGGCGAGAGCGCCAUGGCGAAGAGGAAGUCAGACAUGAUCAAGGGCACCCACAAGUGUAACGUUUGCCAACGCACCUUCUUCUCAGAGGCAGGUCUGAGGGAACACAUGCAAACCCACCUGGGCCCCGUCAAGCAUUACAUGUGUCCCAUCUGCGGAGAGCGUUUCCCCUCGCUGCUCACACUGACCGAGCACAAGGUCACCCACAGCAAGAGCCUAGACACAGGCAGCUGCCGAAUCUGCAAGCUGCCCCUGCAGAGCGAGGAGGACUUCAUGGAGCACUGCCAGAUGCACCCAGACCUGAGGAACUCCCUGACGGGCUUCCGUUGUGUGGUGUGCAUGCAGACCGUCACCUCCACCCUAGAGCUCAAGAUUCACGGCACCUUCCACAUGCAGAAGACUGGCACAAUGUCCACCAACCACCCCAUCGGCCGCACCACCAAUCUGGCUUCCCACAACCACCAUCAUCACCAACAACACCACCAAGUAAACCAGAAGCUCUUCAAGUGUGCCUCGUGCCUGAAGGAGUUCCGGUCCAAAUCUGACCUGGUGAAGCUAGACAUCAACGGGCUGCCGUACGGGCUGUGUGCCGAGUGUGUCAGUGCCGCAGGCUCAAAGAGCUCCAGCCCCAAGGUAAUGAACGGAGGCAGGCAGCAGCAGGGAGGGGGAGGAGCCACAACCCCAGCCAUGCCUGCAGCAGCAUGGACCGCUCAUAUGGAGAGUCUCAGCCCCGGGGAGGGGAAAGGCAAGCUGGCCCAUUCAUCGUCAUCGUCCUCCUCCUCUAUCUCCUCAAGCGCCGCCAAGACUCGAUGUACCAGCUGCAAUGUGAAGUUUGAGUCAGAGGCGGAGCUGCAGAACCACGCCCAGACGGUGCACAGGGAGCAGGGAGGGGACUGCAACAGCGGACAGCUCAGGACCCCACAGAUCUCCCCCAUGCCCAGGGCAAGCCCCUCACAGACUGAGGAGAAGAAGACCUACCAGUGCAUCAAGUGUCAGAUGGUCUUCUACAGCGAAUGGGACAUCCAGGUCCACGUGGCCAAUCACAUGCUAGGUAGGAGAGCUAGUUCCUCCUCCUCUGCUCUGCUGAUGGUCGAGUUCUGUCUUCCACUCCACGUAUAUCAAGAAGAGGGCCUGAACCAUGAGUGUAAGCUCUGCAGUCAGUCGUUCGACUCGCCAGCCAAACUCCAAUGCCACCUGAUCGAGCACAGCUUCGAGGGCAUGGGCGGCACCUUCAAGUGUCCUGUCUGCUUCACAGUAUUUGUCCAGGCCAGUAAGCUCCAGCAACACAUCUUCUCAGCCCAUGGCCAGGAGGAUAAGAUAUACGACUGCUCCCCGUGCCCACAGAAGUUCUUCUUCCAGACCGAGCUACAGAACCACACGCUGACUCAGCACAGCAGCUAACCAGGCAGAUCAUCACUUGGCCUGAGGAGCAGAGGAGAACCAUACGGCGAGGAGGAGAAUCAUGUCUGACCCAGUCAGUCCUCCAACCACCGUCAGUGCAAUAGCCCACUGGCUCUUUUGCACUGAACUUUGGAUUCACUUCACAUAAGGAAGGACCAUGUCACACAAAAAGAAAAGUACAGAUGAAAGACAGAGGUGUGAAAAAAAGACAGAAAAACGUAUCUCUGGUCUUUGUCUGGUCGUCAUGUCACCAAAACUGGACAACUAUCUUUGUAAAUAGAAGUACUUCUUCAUGUGUUGCUUAAUAACUCCAGCUAAAUUGUAGUCUUAUACAGUACAGUAUUUGCUAAUGUACAGUUCAGAACCGGUUGUCCCCAAAAAAUAAAGAGAGAAAAAAAGCUAAACAGAGAAUGCCACUGUCAACAAGAAGAUGUGGAACUAAUCCACAAUAUGUUGGCGAAACAGGGUGCCAAUGUGUGGUAUUAUUAUAUAGGGAACAUGAAGUUGUGGUAUGGUCAGUAAGGUCCCUUUUCAUCAGCGCACAUUUCCUGUAUGUGACACUAUCCUGACCUGGUCACUUAUGACAGAAGGGUAUAGCAGGAUGCUUGAUCACCAGCAGAGCCUGACAUGACAUCACAGGUCUCAUUCCAACAUGGCUGCCAUUCCAGUUGACCAGCUGAGGACUAAGUUGUGCAUUUAAUCUGGUCCGCCUGCCUAACUGCACAUGGACAAGUUCAAAUGAGACGAAGAAAAAAAAAGAAAAAAAUGGAGAAAAACAGGACAGGGUUCUGAUAUAUGCAAAAGCAGUGACACAGAUUUGAAAAGGCCAGCUAGCUACUCUGGUUGGCACGGUAACAGAGACAUUGUCAACCCCCCUGUGUCUCCUAGAGCAUCAUGGGAAAUCUCCAGCCCACUGACUCAAACCUGUACGUUUCUGUUAUUAAUGUUUACUGCUCGUUCAAGCCUGGAGAUUACUGGAAAAAUUAUGUCAUUUUUCUUAGCUCUUUGUAUUACUUUUUUUUUGCAAUGGGGAAUAAAUCCAUUUUGAUUUGGGGUCGUGGGGGAGACUACAUGUAUUAGGUCUCUCUGGGGGAUGUGCUUAAACUUAUGUCCUGGGCUCUCCUUGAGAGCUCCCAACUCCUCCUCUUCCUUCCCUGUUUCCUGCGUAUCCCAUUGCUCUGCUCUCUGCUCAAGCUGGAAGCCAUUGUGGCAUUAUAAUACACAAAUAUAAAUCAUUCUGUUAUGUAAAUGUUUUUGCAUUCAUUGAACCUGAGAUGCACUUUUGUAUGAAACUUUAAUGUUUUGAUCUUUUGAUUGAGAAUUGUUCGUACUCAGUUUACAGGAAAUUAACCACCAUCUCCUGCUUCAGCAAAAAGACAGUUAUCUUGUCUGUUAUUCAAAUGUUAUUGUACAAAUAUGGAGUUCUGUAUUUGGCAGACCUCGUUUUUUUUUGGUGUUGCACAUGUGAUGGAAAUAUUAAAACUGUAUGAAAAAUGC